AUGAUAACAACUACUCCGAAUAUAAUUGCAACAUGCAAACAGACCCGAUUCCAUUUCCUAGACGAUAGGCCUUCGCGUGAGGUGGACAUCCAAGGCCUCAACAUCACAGUCCACUCGCCACAACAAUCCUCAACUGAAACAACAGAAAAGAAACCCAAGGCCAAAUCAAAGUCAAAAGCAGACGGUCUCGAACUUAUUUCCAAUGCAGACUUGAAACUCAAAGCGGGCGUUCAUUAUGGUCUUGUAGGGAGGAAUGGAAGCGGAAAGUCUACCAUUCUUCGAGCAUUAGCAGAAAAGCUUAUACCUGGAGUUCCAUACUCGACUCGCAUUGCGAUUUUGCAGCAGACUGAUGCUGAGGUUGAGGAUAAUAAGAACCAUGAAAUUGACAGUCUUACAGAGUCAUUGAAAGAGCCCGGUUCUAUAUCGACGAGUCAAAAGACUGCUCUGGAGCAAGUGAGUUCAUGUGAUACGAUGAGGACUGAGGUACAAAGGAAAAUAAGCUUGCUAUCGAAUAGCGUGGAACAGGACGAUCCUCUUGCACCUGUCCUAACUAUCCGAAAAUUACGGCACAAGCAGUUGAUGGAGCAGCUGUUUCUGGCGCAGAAAAAUGCAAGUAUAAGAAGCGGUGCAAGAGGUUUACAGGCUAGAAAGGAGCUCAAGUCGAUUGAAAAUCGAGUUGCUUCAUCUACCGAGCUACUGCAACAAGAUACCGCAAGUAUAGAUGCACAGACUCUCCAGAGCGAUACGCAAGCUGCAAUUGACAUGUUACAAGAUCUCCAAUCUCAGUAUGAAACAAUGAAAGCCAUUGACGUCGAGAAACAAGCCCGAAAAAUCUUACUAGGUCUAGGAUUCAACGAAGACAUGCUCUCACGGCCAUUCAUGACAUUAUCAGGAGGCUGGCGUAUGCGAUGCAUGCUAGCCGGAAUCCUAAUACAAGAACCCGAUAUCAUGAUCCUCGACGAACCAACAAACUUCUUAGACCUACUCGGCGUAAUCUGGCUGGAGAAUUACCUGAAGCAAAUGCGACAGUCUGGACCAGGCACAACUUUAGUGCUGGUCUCUCACGACCGAGCAUUCAUCAACGCCGUCUGCGAAGAAAUCAUCAUCCUGCGAGAUCAAGCCCUAACCUAUUUCAAGGGUAAUCUAGCCGCUUAUGAGGAACACUUUGAAUUCCAGAAAUUAUAUUGGGGAAGGAUGAAAGAGGCUCAAGAAAAGCAAAUCGCGCAUAUGGAAGCUACUAUCCGCGAAACGACAAAAAUCGGCAAAAAGACGGGCGAUGAUAAUAAAUUGCGAAUGGCAAAGUCACGACAGAAGAAAAUCGACGAUCGGAUGGGAAUCCAGGUCAGCGCAACUGGCGGACACUUCAAGUUGAAUAGGGAUCAUGUAGGGUACCAUGAGACUCGACGCGCGGCAAUUGAAGUGCCCAAGGAUGAAAAGGGGGUUGCGAUUAGUUUACCAGACGCUCCGGAUCUGAGGUUUCCGGGUCCGUUGAUCUCUAUUGAGAAUGUUGCGUUUAGGUAUCAACGUACGAAGCCUGUUGUGCUUAACGAUAUCAGCUUGACAAUUCAUCUGGGAGAUCGGGUGGGUAUUAUGGGAUUGAAUGGGUGUGGCAAGUCUACAUUACUUCAAUUGCUGACUGGAGAGUUCACGGUGCCAUCUUCGGGGAAGGUUACACGCCAUCCACGACUGAAGAUCGGAUACUACGCUCAGAAUUCGGUGGGAGAUCUCCAAAAGGAAGGGCUUGCGGACCAGACCUUGACAGCACUGUCGUAUAUUCUGCGAGAUGCCAAUGGCCAACUCAACGAAGGAGAAGCGAGGGGCUUGCUAUCGUCGUUAGGACUCCCUGGGCGCGUAGCAUCUGAUGUACCUAUAUUCCGUUUAUCAGGUGGGCAAUUGGUACGACUGGCUCUUGCUAAAAUCCUACGGAACCUCCCUCAUCUCCUUGUCCUGGACGAAAUUACUACUCAUCUUGAUUUCCACACAGUCACAGCCCUUGCAUCUUCAUUGUCAACAUUCAGCGGUGCCAUUCUCAUCGUCUCGCACGAUCGUUUCCUCGUCCGAGCUGUCGUCGAAGGGAAACGAGAUGUGGAUGCGCCAUUAGACGAUGACUUCGAGGCCGAGUCUGAUGGAGAUAGCCAAGACGACUCCGAAACACCUAGAAGGAGGACUGUAUAUGUCUUGAAAGGCGGAAAACUGGUUGAACAGAGUGAUGGAGUAAAUCAGUUCGAGAAGAGUUUGGAGAAGAGGGUUGUUAAGAUGUUAGCUAGCUGA